CUUAGAGCUUAUCCCAGCAUCAACAAUCAUUCUCCAACUUGGUAAGUCUCUCAUGCACCAUCAAUCAUCUGAUGGAGGCCAUUACCGAAAGCACAUGAGGAUUCCACCAUGGAGGCAUUUACCUUUGCGACAUCUACCCAGGUUGACUUCCCUGUGCACGUUAGGAUUGGUGCUUUAGAAGGGAAACAGAAGCAGCUGCCGUUCUCAAGCCUCUUGAAAACACCCAAGCUGCGACACCUGGGAUCACACCAGAACUCCGCGUCCGAUCUAUUCAUAACAGUUCAGCUAUGGUCGGAUUCCAAGCCUCUAGGUGUCCCCAUGCAGACGUCGUACAAAUCUUUCAAGGCGAGUCGAACGUGGAAUGAAUGGCUGAAGAUGCCAUUUUCUUUGAAGGACACACCUUUACAAUCACAGCUAGCUAUCACAAUAUGGGACUUAUCUCCCUUGGAACAGAAUGCGGCGUCCGGGCAUGACGUACCGUUCGGUGGAACCACCAUAUCUUUAUUUGAUGCCGAUGGCAAAUUACGAAUGGGAAGACAGAAAUGCAAGGUUUAUAGGAAUAAAGCGGCUGAUGGUUUCUCUUCAACCACGACCCCAGCGACACCCCCUACCAAACGCCGCAAAAUAAACGAUUCAUUUUCACUCAACCAGUCCGUUGAAGAACUGGAGCUUGAACGCAUCGAAGGCUUAAUCAAGAAACACGAAAUGGGAGAAAUACCUCGAAUAGACUGGCUCGACCAGAUGGUUUUCCGUCAAUUGGAGAAGAUCAAGAUGAGCGCCGAGGAAGCCAGUAGAAAACGAGCAAUCAGGCUACAAGCGGGGAAGACGGACCGACAGAAGGAAGAAGCUGAAAGGGAUGAAGACUCUGACCCGAGCGAUUUGGAUGAUGAGAAUUUCGUUCUAUAUGUUGAUUUUCCCCGUUUCGACCACCCCAUUGUUUGGGCUGAUCACGAAUACCCUGCGCCGCCCGUCUCGUCAUACUCACAGCACACCCAAACAAAUCAACAAGUCCUUAAUAAACCACCACCGGAGGUUCGGCUUGGCCCAGGAAUUGAAGAUGCAAAUUACGAAGGAAAUAAGCGAAUUGUGAGGAUCUACGACCCAGAAGUUGGGCAAACUGGAAAUCCAUGUGAGGACAAACAUAGACGGCUUGUCCGUAGCCACCGAACGGGCAUCAUGGAUCGUGAUCUGAAACCAAACCCUAAAAAUCGCGAUGAGCUCAAUGUCAUAAUGUCAUACGGGCCCACCCAUGAGUUAACGGCGGAAGAGAAAGAUCUCAUCUGGCGGUUCAGAUAUUAUCUCACGCGUGAUAAGAAAGCUCUUACAAAAUUCGUAAAAUCAGUAAAUUGGCGAGAUGUUGGCGAGGCUCGUCAAGCCAUGGAAAUCCUACCCAGAUGGACUGAAAUUGACGUGGAUGAUGCCCUAGAACUGCUUGGUCCAACAUUUGAUAACGCUGCUGUUCGCACGUAUGCUGUCGACCGUUUACGAAAAGCAGGAGAUGACGAACUUCUUUUAUAUCUGCUGCAAUUAGUGCAAGCUCUGAAAUUCGAGAAGGCACCCGACGAGAGUGUAGAGGAAGCAGCACAUGAUUCAUCUCUCGCGCAUUUCCUUAUCGCCCGAGCUGCCAACAACUUCAUGUUAGGUAACUAUCUUCAUUGGUACCUUAUGGUCGAAUGUGAUGAAACCGGCCUUGCGAAUAUUGUACCACAUCGGCGGUUAUUCGCUAGGGUCGAGUACUAUUUCAUGGUGGAACUGGAGAAAAUACAUCCUGAACAUAGAAAGAUCUUACUGCGACAGGGCGAGCUAAUUACUGUCCUGACACGAAUUGCCUCGGAGAUACGCGGUUCUCGAGAAAACCGUGCUGUGAGAAUCGAAAAGUUGAAAAAGUAUCUGAAAGACCCCAAAAACGAAAUUGUAAAUAUUGACCCGCCAUUGCCUCUGCCCUUGGAUCCCAGUGUCACAAUAACUGGGUGUUUUCCAGAGGAUUCCAACGUCUUCAAAUCUUCUCUUUCUCCAUUACUUCUUAACUUCAAAACGUCCGAUGGGCGCAAAUACCCUGUUCUUUUCAAAGUCGGUGACGACCUUCGCCAGGAUCAACUAGUCAUUCAGAUUAUUACGCUCAUGGAUCGACUUUUACAAAAAGAGAAUUUGGACCUCAAGCUUACGCCGUAUCGGAUUUUAGCAACUGGUUCAACAGCUGGAACUGCACAGUUCAUCCCCUCAACAUCUCUCUCGGCCGCAUCAGCUAGGUACAAAGGUUCUAUCCUCGCGUACCUCAGAGCGAAUAACCCCGACGACUCUGAACCUCUGGGGGUUCGUAGAGAGACUAUGGACAUUUACAUUAGGUCCUGUGCAGGCUAUUGCGUCGUCACCUACCUGCUCGGCGUUGGUGACCGUCAUUUAGAAAAUCUUCUCCUCUCUCCAGAUGGACACUUCUUCCACGCCGAUUUUGGUUUCAUCCUUGGUCGGGACCCCAAACCGUUUGCGCCAAUGAUGAAACUCUGCAAAGAGAUGGUCGAGGGAAUGGGUGGUGCUGACUCCCAGCAUUAUCUCCAAUUUAAACAGCACUGCUUUACUGCUUACACCACUCUCCGUAAAUCAGCGAACCUGAUUCUCAAUUUAUUCAGCUUGAUGGUUGACGCUAAUAUCCCAGACAUCAAAGUUGAGCCGGAUAAAGCAGUCCUCAAGGUUAAAGAGCGUUUUCAUCUGGAACUGAGUGAAGAAGAGGCGAUUCGACAUUUUGAACAGUUGAUCAACGAUAGCGUGAAUGCUAUUUUUGGUGUUGUCAUUGAUCGACUUCAUGAUUUUGUGCAGGGAUGGAGGACGUGAUCAUUGUCUCUGUCUAUAUGCAGCCGCUUAAUACUAGUUAUAUGCCUACAUAUGUAUUUUAGCUGAAGUCACAUUGAUAUAUCUCGAGUACUAUGCUUGCAAUAAACUAUAUAAUCUUUUUACAUAAAGAAUGAAAUAGAA